GUUUUGUGUCAGUCAACUACACACACCCAUGCAUACACUCAUCCAUUUCUCCCCACCCAUCCCUUCAGAGGAGGAUUGAACUUUGGAUCCAGUGUCUAAACUGUACUUCAUAGAGGGCGGAUUUCUCCUACCGGCAGGACAACGUGAAUGACUUCCUAAAGGUUUGUUAAUAAAGGGACUAACAGACGGCCAACUCUUCUUUUCAAAUACCUGGGAUUCGUGCACACAGGUUUUGGCAGUGCCGUAGGCUGAUUCAGGUUUUGGCCGUGACGUAGGCUGAUUCAGGUUUUGGCAGUGCCGUAGGCUGAUUCUGGCUCAAGGAUUAUGGAAAAUAAAGACACAAGUUAUCAUCGUUCCUCGGUCAUCAAACCAAGGAUAACCACCCAGUUCAAUCAGUUCCUGCCUUCCAAAAACAAAUCAUCAGGGUAUGUUCCUGCUCCUCUGCGAAAAAAACGUGCUGAGGCAAAUGAAGACAACAGACGAAGCUGGGCCAACCCUGAGUCUACAGAAGAGCAUGUGAUGAUCAGGAGUAAAUCUAUGACCGACAUCCAAGUGGACCGGAGCGAGGAGCUGCAGAAGAUCCGUGCGCGAGUCCAGGAGACUGAUGAUCAGUGGCAAGAUGAUCUUACCAAGUGGAAGAAUCGACGGAAGAGUGUGAAUUCUGACAUUGUGAGGAAGAAAGAGGAAAGAGAGAAGAUUGACCUGGUCACCAGUGGGAAAGGAACCAAGACAUCCACAACACAACAAGAGAAGCAGGAGGAGAGAGAGAAGAAACUGAAGGGCCCUUUCAACAAAGGUUUCCGAGCCUUCUCAUAUGAUGAUAUAAAGCCAGUGGCAAGGGGCAGGACUGUGCCAGUCUACAAAAACACAGUCCAUGAUGCUUCUACCCAGGACACACCAGGUUCCCACUCUGAGCCAACCAUAACAAAGGAUUUCUCCAGCUCUUGCACACUGGCUUCAGACCCAGCUACCUUCUCCUCACUGUCCUCUCAAAGCGACAGGAACCCACAGACACAGACCUGUAUUCCAACCGUACCCAGUGGCACCAGUCCCAAAGAACAAGACCACUACAGUCUCAGCAGUAACAGACCCAAUACAAGCAUUACACCUAUUCUCAGCAACCCCCCAAAUGUGGCAGUCCAAAGUGGUCUGGAGGAGCCGGGGCGGAACAACAGUUCUAGUAGCAACACCUUGCCAGAACAGUCCAGUUACCUUUUUAGGAGGGCAGCAGAUGAUCCCAACUUAGCCAAUUUGAAGACGACUGCGACAUUAACCUCUCUUCCCACCAAGUUUCAGAGAACAGAGAGUGCACGGCGGCUGACCUCGGUGGUCACUCCCCGCCCCUAUGGAUCUCAGUCUACAGGACUCACUUCCUUACCAAGGACAUUUACUCAGGAGGACAAAACUCUGGAGGGGAAACAACAGGAGGAGAAGGAGAAGAGGAUGACAGAAGAAGAGAAUAAUCAGCAUCAAACAGGAGACAGGGGAGGAGAGAGGACAGAGCAGAAGGAGAGUCUAAAGGAGAAGUGGAGCAGGGGGGGUAAAGAUGAUUUGAUGAGAAUGGGAGAGGAAGAGGAAGAGGAGAGCUCUAUGCAGACAAAGCAUGUGGAAGAGAAGGAGAAAGGUUGGCUGAUCAAGGACCAAGAUGAGGAGGAAACACAUCAAGACGUGAAAGAAAGGCUUCAACCUCAGCAACAGUGGGCAAAGUCCCGAUCCAUGUCUGCGCUCAAUGAAGUUGAAAGACCCAAAGAUCAGGUUAAAAAUAGGGGAAUGACUGAAUGGUUUCUUGGGGAGGAAAUGAAACGAAAGAGGAGUGCUGAGGUGCGGAGAACACUUGCUGCUGCAGAGCUGGAGACUGAAAGGAGAAACAUUGUUAACGCCAUGAGAUAUAGAGAGCCAGAGAGAGUGGUGAACAGUGACCAUGGCAAGAACUCUUGGAAUGAGGAUCCAAAAACGGUUUCAUCCCAAAGCCAGCAAAUCCUGCAGGACAUGAAGAGGAAGGCCAACUUGCCAGCAGACAACAGUUGGACGUGGCAACAAGCCAGCAGUGCCAGCAAGGACGCUAUUAGGAGAGAUGAAUCAGCCAACAACCUUGACAAGCCAAAAUCAUCUUGGAAGUCAUCACUAACACCUGACAGCAACCCUUUCAGCUCUGUCUCCAGGCCUCCACACUCCACCCUCUCAGGUACUUCAAGCCAUAUUGAGGACCACGCCCCUGCAUGUAGCCCUUCCUUGCAGCAGCAGCAGCAGCAGCAGCAGCAGAGCAGGUCAGUCAGUGCCAAGAAAAUCUGCACAUUCUGUGACAAACCAUUAGGCAAAGGAGCAGCCAUGAUCAUCGAGUCCCUGGCGCUGUGUUAUCAUUUGACUUGUUUCAAGUGCAACCAAUGCAAGUCCGAACUUGGUGGAUCAGAAGCUGGGACUGAGGUCAGAAUCAAAAAUGGACAGCUCUACUGUAACUCAUGCUACAUACAGCUAAAAACCGGGCCUCCCACUGUCAUGUGAUGUUCUUCACAGAAAGCAGUUUGAGGAGGAACCAGCCAAAAGAAAAAAGAACCCUGAACCUUGGCGGCAACACCUGCUUAGUAAAUUCUGAUGUUGUAGUUAAUAAUGGCUAUUGGACCAGAUGGCGGUACAAUAACACUGUGGUGAUGGUAAAAUACUGCACUUGGUUGUUGAUCAGCUUUAGGGUAAAAUAAUACCAUUGGAUUGUCCUUCAAAGGAUUUAUCAGUGUCAUUAAGUUAGAGUUUAAUUCACUAGAUUCUAGACUUUCAAUAGAUUUCGUGCCAGGACAGUCAUGUGAUGUUUGGAUAUUUGAUUGUAUUUUCAUAACUUAUGCAGUUGACCACUUACUAAAUGAGAAUCAGAUAAAUUAAUAAAUGCUUGUAUGAAAGUGUUAAAAUUGCUUGUACAAAAUAUUUGAGAAGUGUAUUGUGCAGGUGUUGUUUCAAUAAAAUAUGAAUCUGCAGUGGUAUUUCCUGUUACUGCGUAAAUAAAUGAUUUUGAUGACUUCA